AUGCCAUCUCUGCACCUGACAAAUAGUCAAAUCGACAUCAUUGUCAGGGAAUGGCAAGUAUACCAUGUUGACAAAGAUGUUGAAGAAAUAACUAAAUCUUUUUUGUGCAACACCAAUGAUGAAAAUGCUGCAGUAGAAUGCGAUUGGAAGGUAUUAGAAGACUUCAUUUCAAAAGAACAAGAACUGUGGAACAAAGUAGAAUCCGAAUUAGAUGAAAGUGAAAAGCCUGUGCUUGAUGGUUUGGAAAUUGAAAUAAAGUUGCCAAAAUUCAUUUUAGAAGAAAUGUCUGUGUCAGAAAAGGAAAUUUAUUCAAGCCUAAAAAAGCAGAGAAAAGUGUCUAUAAUUGGAUCUGUACAAAUCUGUAUAAUUCUACUGAAAUAUUUUUCAAGGAUUGUUAAGGAAGGCGACUUUUCCAAGAUCAAAGGAGUAUCUAUCGAUGACGUAACUGUAAUGGAAGAGUGCAUGACUGAUUUAAAAUCGCUGAAUGCGAAGCUUUGCAGUGAGGUUUUACCAAGCACAAUCAGGCAUGUUGAAAAACUUCAAGAAUCUCUAGGCACAGCUAAUGCAUCUGGGGAAUUUGCGAAUUUUUCUCAAGAAUUUAUGUCUCAAGCCAAAGUUACUAAUUCUGAAUGUAUCAACAAAGAAUCAGUUCUAAAUGUGACUGAGAGAUUAAUAAAGGCUCCAGAAAAAGAGUUAACCAAAUGUGAUACUUUCUUGAAUGAAAGUGUUGAUGAAAAGGAAUUCAUGUUGAGAUUGCCUAAAUCUGAAGAACAGUUUCCUUUCAAUGUAUUGCCACCUCAGAUUACCAGUUCAGUUUCUGGUAUUGAAUCUACUAACAAUUAUUUGUUCAAAAAGAUUGCUGAAACAUCUGUAUUUUCUCCUACAUCUACGUUCUCACCUACAUCUAUAUUUUCACCAGCUUCGGCGUUACCUGGUGUGGAAAUUAAUGAAGAAGUCAGUUCGUCUUCUGAGAAGACAGAUUGUUCUUUAAACCUUGCUGUUCCAUUUUCCCCUUUGAUAUCCGAUGGACGAAAAAGUCAUUUGGCCGCAGAAGGUUGCAAAAUGAAUGAAAGUGGUCUAUCAGAAGAUUUGAACUCGAUGACGCUACCUAAUGUAUCGUUAUUGGACUGAUGUAUUUAUUGGAUGAAAUACUUCAAUGUGGCUGGACACAUGAAGUUUAAAUUAUGUCUGUUGUUUAAUAACUCAA